AUGAAUCAUUUAAAAGAUCAAAGUAAAAGUAUAGUAUUAGGUAUUAGUAGUGGAAUUGGUAUAUUUUUAAUUAGUGGUGGUAUUAAUAUAUUUAAAAAUGUUGGACAAUAUAUUUUAAAUAGAAUCAAUUCAAAUAUUUAUUAUAGAAUUGAUGUAGAUAGUAAGGAUAAAUCAUUUGAAUGGUUACUAUAUUGGUUAUCAGAGAAUGAUUCAAUAAAGGUAUCAAAUCAUUUAAAUGCUGAGACAGUUUACAAUUUAGUUGGAAAGAACCCAAAAGUAAUAUUAGUACCAUCAGUUGGUAAACAUAGAAUAGUUUAUAAAGGUAAAUGGAUUUGGAUUGAUCGUGUUCGUGACCAACAAUUUGAUAUGGGUGCUGGUGCACCAUUCGAAUCGAUUUCAAUAUCAACUUAUAAAUCAAAUGCGCAAUUAAUCAAUCAACUAUUACAAGAGGCAAUGACUCUAUCAUUGAAUAGAGAUAUCGGUAAAACUGUUAUCUACAUUAACGGAGGCAAUGGGAAUUGGGAAAGAUUUGGCAACCCUCGUUCAAUCAGAUCCCUAUCCUCAGUGAUCCUAGCAGAUGACUUAAAAUCUAAACUAAUUGAAGACAUCAAAUCAUUCAUAACCAAUGAAUCAUGGUAUCGUAAUAGGGGCAUACCAUAUCGUCGUGGCUAUUUACUAUAUGGUGAGCCUGGAAACGGCAAAUCGUCACUAAUCAACGCCAUUGCCGGCGAACUAAAUCUCGACAUUUGCAUAGUGUCACUCUCUUCAAAAGAUAUUGACGAUAAGCAAAUCAACCAUUUAUUAAAUAAUGCACCACCAAAAUCAAUACUUUUAAUUGAAGAUAUCGAUGCUGCUUUUAAAUCUCAUAGAGACAAUGUCGAUAGCAACAACAACAAUAGCAACAACAACAAUUCUUUAACUUAUUCUGGUUUAUUAAAUGCUUUGGACGGUGUUGCAUCACAAGAAGGUAGAAUUCUAUUUAUGACAACAAAUAAAAUUGAACUUUUAGAUUCUGCAUUAAUUCGUGAAGGUAGAAUCGAUUUAAAAAUUAAAGUUUCAAAUGCAACAAAAUCUCAAGCUGCUCAAUUAUUCACUCAUUUCUAUAAUUUACCAACUGAUAAUCAAUUGGCAAUAAGAUUCUCUGAAAAUUUACAUGACCAUCAAUUAUCAAUGUCUCAAAUUCAAGGUUUCUUAUUAAAAUAUAUAAAUUCUCCUGAAAAAGCAAUUGAAGAAGUUCAAUCAAUUACACCAUUUAAUUUAAAUUAA